UGGAUGCCGCUGCUGUCCGAUAAAGAGACCCCUCCCAUAGAAUUGCAAAAACCUGCCCAAAGGGUGUGUUUUAAGAGCGCUACGUAUAUUUGCUCUGCAUCACGCACUGCAGACAUGGAAAAAGCAGCCGGUGUGUGUGAAACAUUUAGUGUUCGCGCUAAAUGACAUCGUAUAAGUUCUUUAAGGAGCACUGAGGAGCUCGCGUGACGCUGCCGCGAAUUCAGCAAAGUCAUCCGUAGUUCAAGCGACUUUUCCUCGUCGUCUGGAUCGGGACAGCACUGCAGGUUCCGAUGUUACUAGAAGAUAAAAACGACCAAUAUUAGGAAAACAUGAUUUGAGGACUGACUGUUAUCGAUUAGGAGUGUCUUGAGGUUGUCAUUGAGUGUCCUUUUAUCACGCGGUUUCUGAGGUGAUGAUGAUGAUGAUGGACCUUACAGUGUUAUGAACGCCUUCAGCGAAUCUCCUCAGAGUUAAGCGUGGAUACCCGCUUAAAUUUCCGGCUUUAUAUGCAGGUAUAUACACAUUUAUUUGUCUAUAUAUCCUGGUUUGCAGUGUCUUCACCUGGAGAGUGCUUUACUCAAGCCAGGAACCCAAAAGCCUUUCAGAAUUCAGAGGUCAGAAAAUGAUCCAGGGGUUAACGUUACCCAGUAGAUUAAAACCAGAGCUAGUUAAAAAACUGACAGACUUGUUCAGAUAAUAUCGUGUAUCUGGAGAGACUUGCUUGCUCUUGAUCUUCUAUCAUGGAGCUGAAGAUGUUCAUCCUGGUCUUGGGGCUCCUGGUGGGCUCCGGCUCUCCAGACAUUGGCCCCAAUCAGGGGAAGUGCUCCGACAGUCUGGACCCCGGGCCCCAGGAUCAAGGGAACCACACUCUCACUCCUCAGUCCAAGAAGAACUUCCCGGUUCUGUCUUUUGGUUACGAUCAUGUAAGGCUCCCCUUUGAGAUCUCUUUAUGGGUUCUGCUGGCUUCACUCAUGAAACUGGGGUUCCACAUGAUGCCUCGCUUGUCCUCCAUCGUGCCCGAGAGCUGUCUGCUGAUCGUGGUGGGUCUUCUGGUCGGUGGACUCAUGAAGCUGGUCGCCGAGGUCCCUCCAGUGCUGGAGUCCAAGAUCUUCUUCCUGUACCUGCUGCCUCCCAUCAUCCUCGACGCCGGAUACUUCAUGCCCAUACGGCAGUUCACUGAGAACCUGGGCACUAUUCUGAUGUUUGCAGUGGUGGGAACGCUCUGGAAUGCCUUCUUCGUGGGUGGUCUGCUGUACGGUGUCUGCCAGUUUGAGGGCCAUAGACUGGUGAACGUGGACCUCCUGUCGUGUUUGCUGUUCGGCUCCAUCAUCUCGGCUGUGGACCCCGUGGCCGUGCUGGCUGUGUUCGAGGAGAUCCACAUUAACGAGCUUCUCCACAUCCUGGUGUUCGGAGAGUCUUUACUUAAUGACGCCGUCACUGUGGUGCUGUAUCAUCUCUUUGAGGAGUUCUCCAGCGUGGGUACGAUCACCGUCAUGGAUGUGUUUCUGGGUGUGGUGUGUUUUCUGGUCGUGUCGUUGGGUGGUAUCGUGGUGGGUGCCAUCUACGGCCUCCUGGCAGCCUUCACGUCCCGCUUCACCUCGCACACGCGUGUCAUCGAGCCUCUGUUCGUCUUCGUCUACAGCUACAUGGCUUACCUGUCGGCCGAGGUGUUUCAUCUGUCCGGCAUCAUGGCGCUAAUCGCAUGUGGUGCUGUCACGCGUCCCUACGUGGAGGCCAACAUUUCCCAUAAAUCCCACACCACCAUCAAGUACUUCCUGAAGAUGUGGAGCAGCGUGAGCGACACACUCAUCUUCAUCUUCCUGGGCGUGUCGACGGUGGCCGGGCCACACGAGUGGAACUGGAUCUUCGUGGUGGCGACCCUCAUUCUCUGCCUGGUGGCACGUGUUCUGGGUGUUGUCGGCUUGACCUUCGUGAUCAACAAGUUCCGUAUCGUCAAACUCACGUCUAAGGAUCAGUUCAUCAUCGCUUACGGCGGUCUGAGAGGAGCGAUCGCCUUCUCCCUCGUCUACCUGCUGAACACGGAUCACUUCCCCAAGAGAAACAUGUUCCUCACCGCCAUCAUCACGGUCAUCUUCUUCACCGUGUUUGUGCAGGGCAUGACCAUUCGUCCUCUGGUGGACCUCCUGGCGGUGAAGAAGAAGCAGGAAACGAAGCGAUCUAUUAACGAGGAGAUUCACACACAGUUUUUGGACCAUCUGCUGACCGGCAUCGAGGGCAUCUGUGGACAUUACGGACAUCAUCACUGGAAGGACAAGCUGAACCGCUUCAAUAAGAAGUACGUGAAGAAGUGCCUGAUCGCAGGCGAGCGCUCCAAAGAACCACAGCUGAUCGCCUUCUACCACAAGAUGGAGAUGAAGCAGGCCAUCGAGCUGGUGGAGAGCGGCGGCGGGUCCAAGCUGCCCUCGGCCGUGCCGUCCACCGUCUCCAUGCAGAACAUCCAGCCCAAGAAGUCUCCUCAGGACCGAGCGCUGCCGCAGCUCUCCAAGGCUCGUGAGGAUGAGAUCAGAAAGAUCCUACGCACAAACCUGCAGAAGACACGCCAGAGACUGCGCUCGUACAACAGACACACUCUGAUUGCUGAUCCAUACGAGGACGGCUGGAACGAGAUCCUCAUCAAACGGAAGAGAAUGAUGGAGCUGGAAAAGAAGAUAUCACAGAUGAACAAUUACCUCACUGUUCCCGCUCCAGCUCCUGAUUCCCCCACCAUCGCUCGAGCUCGGCUGGCUUCAGACCCUCAAGCAUGGGGCCUCAAGUCCCUCACAGAAAGCAUCCCUACCAUUAAAGUGGACCUCGCCUCACCACAAAGCCCAGAGUCCUUUAACAUGGUGGACGAGAUCGGCAAGAAGGGAAGCCAGUCGAAGGCGAGCGAGGAGGAGGAUGGCCUCACCAUGAAAGUUCCCUCUAUGACAAAGCCGAGAAAAGACAAAACUGCCAACGAGGACGACGACAAGGAGCCGCAGCAACGGUUAAUGCGCUGUCUGAGCGACCCGGGCCCCGCCGGCGAAGAGGACGAAGAGGACGAGCCCUUCCUCCACUGAGAGAUGAAUGAGAAUGGAUGUCUUGAAUCUACGGUCCUUGUGGAGGAUCACUAACUGCUGUAAAACAGAGGACAGAUGUGUAAUCUGUAGCAAGCCAAAACGGAAGGAAAAUGAACCAAAAUAAAGUAAAUGAAAGGGAGCGAUCAAUAUAAGCCAUUAUUAUGAUUAUCAUUUUAUUUAUCAUUGCUCUUUUCAUUUGAAGCCCGUUCACACCAAGGACGAUAAUUAUAAAGAUAACGAUGACGAUAAUAGUUCUAAAAAUCAUUCUUAAUAUUAAAGAAUAGCAGAUUCCACACCACAGAGAGAAUUUAAGCAUGCGCACAUGUAGUAUGAUAAAAAGUGCAACUUCUACGACUAGCCAUAAUCAUGAGAAAAUCUAAAUAUGAGAUACUACGUCCUAAUUAUGAGAUAAAAGGUUGCAAUUAUGGCACACUAAGUGAUAAGUGUGAGUUAAUUAAAAGCCGAAAUUAUGACAGUGAACUAUGAGAUAAGAAGUAAACAUUAUGAGAGUAAUAAAUUGAUAAAAUAUGAGUUAUAAAUAUGAGACAGUAAGCCAUAAUUGACAGUCAAAAUAUGAGAUACUACAUCAAAUUAUGAGAUAAAAGGUUGCAAUUAUGGCACACUAAGUGAUAAGUAUGAGAUUAUGACAGUCAAAUAUGAGAUAAAAAGUAAACAUUAUGAGAGUAAUAAAUGUACAAAAUAUGAGAUAAUGAGUUAUAAAUAUGACAGUAAGCCAUAAUUAACAGUCAAAACAUGAGAUACUACAUCAUAAUUAUGAGAUAAAAGGUUACAAUUAUGGCACACUAAGUGAUAAGUGUGAGUUAAUUAAAAGCCGAAAUUAUGACAGUGAACUAUGAGAUAAGAAGUAAACAUUAUGAGAAUAAUAAAUUGAUAAAAUAUGAGUUAUAAAUAUGAGACAGUAAGCCAUAAUUGACAGUCAAAAUAUGAGAUACUACAUCAAAUUAUGAGAUAAAAGGUUGCAAUUAUGGCACACUAAGUGAUAAGUAUGAGUUAAAAGCCGAAAUUAUGAAAGUCAACUUUGAGAUAAAAAGUAAACAUUAUGAGAGUAAUAAAUGUACAAAAUAUGAGAUAAUGAGGUAUAAAUAUGAGACAGUAAGCAAUAAUUGACCGUCAAAAUAUGAGACGUUAAGUCAUAAUUAUGAAACAAGAAGCCAUAAUAAUGAUGUAUCUCAUAUUUUGACUUUUUAAUUCAUUCAUUUAAAAAUAAACAGACAAUAUCCUCCUCUGCUGAUGUGGAUGCUAAUAUCAUUAUAAUUAUCGUUCUUGUUGUAAAUAGGGGAUAACACUGUCCGUGCCAGGCAUGAUGUGACUCAAAUCCUAAGCGAUGAGUGAUUGUCAUUGAGCUCCUGUUAUUAAACAUCAGGUUUAUUAUUUCUGGUCACAUCGUGUCCGGUUGGGAAGUCAAUGUUCCCGUCUUGCAUUGGCUAUGGAAUAAUAAUAUUCCACACGAGGGGAACAGAUCUAUGCAUAACCAAACGCUCGCACUGUUCAGUCUAUUCAGGUGAAGCGCUUCUGUUGUUGUUUUCAAAGCAUUGAUGCAUUUUCUAGUUCACGAUGCUCUUGUGUUCGUUCCCGUGGAUUGCCUUUGUUUUCGUGACGUGAGUAUCACUAGUUGUAUUUUACCUCUAGGGGAAUUUGAUUGGUUUAUCAGGAGAAAUAUGAAACCGGUUGCAUUACGGCCUUUCUUAUAUUUAUCAUACAGAUGGUGCGUAUUUACACUGGCUUAUUAUUUCAUCCUACAAGUGGAGGACCAUUCAAAUCACGCACAUAACAAACCUGAGAAAAAAAACUAUAAACUUGUGAUUGCACAAGAGAUUCACAUAUGUAAAGACUUUAUUUUACACCAAAAAUUUGAUUGUGAUCGUGUUUCCUGUUUUCUUUGCUUGUACUUUAUAUCAAAGAACACUUUGGUCUGAUAGUCUUUAAUUCCCUUUAAAUGCACUCAAGCGCUUUGGUGACCGCUCAUGACCACUCUGUUAAACAUCUGGACCAUCGUAUCAGCAAAUUUUGAUUUAAGGGAAUAGUUCAUGCAGAAAGAACACAAUUCUUUCAUUGUUUACUCGCCUUCAUUUAAUUCCAAACCCAUAUGCUGUUAUUUUUUUUUCUCAUUGAAAAGACAAAUGUUGAUCUUAACGCAGCUCUUUUCCAUAAACGUUUAUAGUAACCCAAUCUGGGGAUCUCCAAAAAAAGCAUCAUGGGAAUAUCUAAACUUUACAUUAUAUUCCAAUUCAUAUGAUUAAAGAAGCCCAUUUCUGCUACAGAAAGUCAUGGUAAAUCAUAAUUAUGACAUAAAACAUCAAAAUGUGAGAGACCAUGUCAUAAUUGUGUAGAAAAAGUCAUAAUUAUGACAUGAUAUCUCAUAUUUUGCAUCAUAAUUUUGAGAAAAUUCUAAAUUAUAACACCAAGAAUAGUUUGAUUAAAAAGUGGAAAUCCUAAGAUUAGUCAUAAGAUUAGCCGAAAUUAUGACAGUCAACUAUGAGAUAAAAAAUAAACAUUAUGAGAGUAAUAAAUGUACAAAAUAUGAGAUAAUGAGUUAUAAAUAUGAGACAGUAAGCCAUAAUUGACA